UCACUGCACAACAAGAUGGCGGCGGCGGCGGCGAGCGGAGCUGGCGGGGCUGCCGGGGCCGCAGCGGGGGGAGCCGGGCCGGCGGGCCGCCUGCUGCCUCCACCCGCCCCGGGGCCCCCGGCCGCCCCAGCUGCCGUGCCCCCGGCGGCUGGCCCGCCGCGUCCCCCAGCCCCGGCCUCCCGCGGGCCGGUGCCUGCCCGCAUCGGCUACUACGAGAUCGACCGCACCAUCGGCAAGGGCAACUUCGCUGUGGUCAAGCGGGCCACGCACCUCGUCACCAAGGCCAAGGUUGCUAUCAAGAUCAUAGACAAGACCCAGCUGGAUGAAGAAAACUUGAAGAAGAUUUUCCGGGAAGUUCAAAUUAUGAAAAUGCUUUGCCACCCCCACAUCAUCAGGCUCUACCAGGUUAUGGAGACAGAACGGAUGAUUUAUCUGGUGACAGAAUAUGCUAGUGGAGGGGAAAUAUUUGACCACCUGGUGGCCCAUGGCAGAAUGGCAGAGAAGGAGGCCCGUCGGAAGUUCAAACAGAUUGUGGCAGCUGUCUAUUUUUGUCACUGUCGGAAUAUUGUUCAUCGUGAUCUAAAAGCUGAAAAUUUGCUUCUGGAUGCCAAUCUGAAUAUUAAAAUAGCAGAUUUCGGUUUCAGUAACCUGUUCACUCCUGGGCAGCUGCUGAAGACCUGGUGUGGAAGCCCUCCCUAUGCCGCGCCCGAACUCUUUGAAGGAAAGGAAUAUGAUGGGCCCAAAGUGGACAUCUGGAGCCUUGGAGUCGUCCUGUAUGUACUUGUGUGCGGUGCCCUGCCGUUUGAUGGGAGCACACUGCAGAAUCUGCGGGCCCGGGUGUUGAGUGGAAAGUUCCGCAUCCCAUUUUUUAUGUCCACAGAGUGUGAGCACCUGAUCCGCCACAUGCUGGUGUUAGACCCCAGUAAACGCCUCUCGAUGGAGCAGAUCUGCAAGCACAAGUGGAUGAAGCUAGGGGACGCCGAUCCCAACUUUGACAGGUUAAUAGCUGAAUGCCAGCAAUUAAAGGAAGAAAGACAGAUUGAUCCCCUGAAUGAGGAAGUCCUCUUGGCCAUGGAGGACAUGGGACUGGACAAAGAGCGGACACUACAGUCAUUAAGAUCGGAUGCCUACGAUCACUAUAGUGCAAUCUACAGCCUGCUAUGUGAUCGACAUAAGAGACACAAAACCCUGCGUGUCGGAGCGCCUCCUAGCUUGCCCCGUGCCAUGGCCUUUCAAGCACCAGUCAAUGUCCAGGCGGAGCAGGCCGGUGCCACCAUGAACAUCAGCGUUCCCCAGGUGCAGCUAAUCAACCCUGAGAACCAGAUUGUGGAGCCGGAUGGGACAUUGAACUUGGACAGUGAUGAGGGUGAAGAGCCCUCCCCUGAAGCAUUGGUCCGCUAUUUGUCAAUGAGGAGGCACACAGUGGGUGUGGCUGACCCACGCACGGAAGUUAUGGAAGACCUGCAGAAGCUCCUGCCUGGUUUUCCUGGAGUCAACCCUCAGGCCCCAUUCCUGCAGGUGGCCACUAACAUGAACUUCAUGCACAACCUGCUGCCCAUGCAAAACUUGCAACCAACUGGACAGCUUGAGUACAAGGAGCAGUCCCUCUUACAGCCUCCCACCCUACAGCUGCUGAAUGGAAUGGGCCCCCUCGGCCGGAGGGCAUCGGAUGGAGGAGCCAACAUCCAACUACAUGCCCAGCAGCUGCUGAAGCGCCCACGGGGACCCUCCCCGCUCGUCACCAUGACACCAGCAGCGCCGGCAGUUACCCCUGUGGACGAGGAGAGCUCAGAUGGGGAGCCAGACCAGGAAGCUGUGCAGAGGUACUUGGCAAAUAGGUCCAAAAGGCACACACUGGCCAUGACCAACCCUACAGCUGAGAUCCCACCGGACCUACAGCGGCAGCUAGGACAGCAGCCUUUCCGUUCCCGGGUCUGGCCUCCUCACCUGGUACCUGAUCAGCAUCGCUCUACCUACAAGGACUCCAACACCCUGCACCUCCCCACGGAGCGUUUCUCCCCCGUGCGCCGGUUCUCAGAUGGGGCUGCAAGCAUCCAGGCCUUCAAAGCUCACUUGGAAAAGCUGGCCAACAGCAGCAGCAUCAAACAGCUGCAGCAGGAGUGUGAGCAGCUGCAGAAGAUGUACGGGGGGCAGGUUGACGAAAGAGCCCUGGAGAAGACCCAGCAGCAGCAUGUGCUGUACCAGCAGGAGCAGCACCACCAGAUCCUCCAGCAGCAGAUCCAGGAUUCCAUCUGUCCUCCUCAGCCUUCUCCACCUCUCCAGGCUGCAUGUGAAAAUCAGCCAGCCCUCCUCACCCACCAGCUCCAGAGGUUACGGAUCCAGCCUUCCAGCCCACCCCCCAGCCACCCCAACAACCAUCUCUUCAGACCACCCAGUAAUAGUCCUCCCCCCAUGAGCGGCGCCAUGAUCCAGUCUCACGGUGCUGCGUCGCCCUCCCAGUUUCCGGGCUUACCCUCCCGCAGUGCUGUCUACCAGCAGCAGCCUGAGAACUGCUCCCCCCCUCCCAGCAUGGCCCUCACCUGCCUGGGCAUACAGCAGCCCGCCCAGUCACAGCAGGUGACCAUCCAAGUACAGGAGCCUGUUGACAUGCUCGGAGGCAUGCCGGGGGCCACUGCGGGCUCUGCCGGGCGGGGCAUGUCCAUCAGCCCCAGUGCCAGUCAGAUUCAGAUGCAGCACCGUACCAACCUGAUGGCCGCCUUCAGCUAUGGGCACCGCCCUCUGUCCAAGCAGCUGAGUGCCGACAGCGCGGAGGCCCACAGCUUGAACGUGAAUCGGUUCUCCCCUGCUAACUACGACCAGGCGCAUUUACACCCCCAUCUGUUUUCGGACCAGUCCCGGGGUUCCCCCAGCAGCUACAGCCCUUCAACAGGAGUGGGGUUCCCUCCAACCCAAGCCCUGAAAGUCCCUCCACUUGAUCAAUCGCCCACCUUCCCUCCCAGCGCACAUCAGCAGCCACCGCACUAUACUACGUCGGCGCUGCAGCAAGCCCUGCUGUCCCCCACGCCGCCAGACUAUACCCGACACCAGCAGGUACCCCACAUCCUCCAAGGACUGCUCUCCCCCCGGCACUCACUCACCGGCCACUCGGACAUUCGGCUGCCCCCGGCAGAGUUUGCACAGCUCGUUAAAAGGCAGCGGCAGCAGCAGCAGCAGCAGCAGCAGCAGCAGCAACAGCAGCAGCAAGAGUACCAGGAGCUGUUCAGGCACAUGAGCCAGGGGGACGCUGGGAGUCUGGCUCCCGGUCUCGGGGGACAGAAUAUGACAGAGCGCCAGGCUUUAUCGUAUCAGAAUGCUGACUCGUAUCACCACCACCACACCAGCCCCCAGCACCUUCUCCAAAUCAGGGCACAGGAACGCAUGGCUCAGGCUUCCUCCCCCAGCCCGGCCCAUGGGUACGCUCACCAGCCAGUGCUCACGCACUCGGAGAGCAUGGAAGAGGAGGACGCCUGUGAGGCGGCCAAGGAUGGCUUUCCAGACAGGACGAGCCCCAAUACAGCGACCAGAGGUUGCCGUGACAGCACCCUACUCUUGAGUACUGGCGGACCCGGGGACCCCGAAUCUUUACUGGGAACUGUGAGCCACGCACAGGAAUUGGGGGUACAUCCCUACCGGCAUCAGCCACCUGCUGCGUUCGGUAGAAACAAGGUGUCCAGCCGAGAGUCUGUGAUAGGGAACUGCAUGGAUAGAAGUUCUCCGGGACAAGCAAUGGAGCUUCCGGAUCACAAUGGACUUGGGUACCCAACACGCCCCUCUGUCAAUGAGCACCACAGGCCCCGGACCCUCCAGAGACACCACACGAUCCAGAACAGUGAUGAUGCUUAUGUGCAGCUGGAUAACUUGCCGGGAAUGAGUCUCGUGGCUGGAAAAGCACUUAGUUCCGCCCGGAUGUCAGAUGCGGUUCUCAGUCAGUCCUCGCUCAUGGGGAGCCAGCAGUUUCAAGAUGGGGAAAAUGAGGAAUGCAGGGAGAAUCUAGUUGGUCACGAGCAUCCGGACCUGGCUGACGGCAGCCAGCAUUUAAAUUCCUCUUGCUAUCCAUCCACGUGCAUCACAGACAUUCUGCUCAGCUACAAGCACCCCGAGGUCUCCUUCAGCAUGGAGCAGGCAGGCGUGUAACAGGAAACGGAGAGUUUGUGUACAGCUCGGGAAUGAAAUGACUUUACACCAACAGUAUCUAGCAGCAUUGCGCCAAAUUGCCCUUGUGUUUCUGUCCACCUAGAGCAUCACGGCUCCUUUCCUCACUUUGGUUCAUCAGUGUGCGGUUCUUUCGGGUUCUGAGGGGGUUUUGCCAUGUUUGCUCGUAUGACCGAGUCACCAAGGAAAUAAACAGGAUAUUCGUGUUCGCCACCUUUUGUGAAAGUGUAUUUGGUAUAUUUGAGUUGGAGGUUUGGUUUGUUUGUUUGUUUUUUUUGUUUGUUUUGUUUUUUUUUUUUGAUAUAUUUUCUUUUGGAGGUGAUUGUCUUUCUUUUUUAUUUGUUUCUCUCUUUUUCUUGUUUUUUUCUUUUUUCCUUUCCUUUGCUGAGACAGAAGAACAAAGCAGUUAAAAUUAUAGAGGCCAGGAGACCCAGAGCCACUCCCCUGCCCUGCGUCCCCCCACAGAGCACCUCCAUUUCUCCAUUUCCCUGCAUUGCUUGUCCACAGGAGCAACUACUCACAGAUAACAUCCUCUGGAUUCUUAGUGGCUGGGGAAAGGGAGAGAGGAAGGGGUGAUGGCCCCUGGCGCUUUGGAAAACAGGAAGAGAGCAAAAACCAACAAAAAAGAACCGCCGAGUCUGGAACCUAGGAAGGUCUUGACCGCCCGGAUCCCAUGAAAAGCUUGUCUGGCCUGGCCAAGAGCGUAUCGGAGCAUUAGCGUGGGGGCCGAGAGCGGCCUGGCCUGGAGGGGAUGCCAGUUAGAGCAUCUCCCUCCGUGUGAGCCUUCUCGCUGCGUAACUCAGCUCCCCUCUGACAACCUGGAAAGUUGGCUGCCUUUCCCGUCCUGCUGGUUCCACCCACAGACUGAACACCCAACAGUGGUUCACUGUGCUUUUUGUGUCCCCUUUGCUUCUCACUUUAUAUUGUGCUGUACAAGGAUUGUUUCUUCACACGCACACACGCUUUUCCCCUUCAGCCUCUGACACAGACAAAGAAGAACAGGAGGUUGCCUUCGGCCCCGCCUCUCUCCUAACCUUCUCCUCCUCCCUGGGCAUCCUCAGCCCCUAUUUUAAUUCUUGAUCAUGUAGGAAUUGUUUUGGGUAAAUGUUGAUAUUAUUGUUAUUAUUAUUAUUAUUAUUAAUAAGUAAAAACAAAAGGAAUUUUUGUUUGAAAGAGACAUGUUUAACCAGAUUCUGUUCUAUUUGAAUUGUGACUUGCACCUUUUGUUCAGAGUGUUUUCUGUAGACCUUGUAAUUGUGAACAGCGCUCACUUGUGCCAGUGACAGGUGUAGUGGUCUCCUUCCCUCCCCCGGGGAGCGGUGCAUAUGCAGUAGCUACCGUCUGUCAUUCUCUCUGUGUUUCCUCACUGUUAGAAACCAAAGUCUUCUCUGCUGGCUGGGGGCUGACAGAGGAUCUGAUCUUCAAACCAAGAAAGACAUGUCAAAUGUUUUGACUCUUGAUCCUUUUUCCUGGGAAAGGAGAAUGAAGGGUCCCCAGGCCCCUCCCAGUCUUUCACCCUGAAUUUGCACAGAAGAAAGCGGGUGCCCCGCAUGGCCGUCCUGAUGUUGCUGACAGGAUUCCCGUGCGGCUCGUCCGUCUCACUGAUACCGGCAGCUCAGCUCCUGGACCCGAUGUCCCUCGAGUGGACUUGCGCACUGCGAGAGAGAGCCUUUCUUGGGAUCUGUCCCGUGUUUGCACGGUCCCCAGUCUCCCCUCCGCUUGGUGAGGCCACUGACUCCUCACCAGAAGGAGGCUGCCGAGAAGACCCUAACAGCCGCCGUUGGACUUCUCUGGGCUCGUUCCAGCUCCCGUGCCCCCAGCCGCCCCCUCACACACGUGCUCGGCCUGUUGUGUUUACAUGGGACUGUGCCGAUGGAAGAGUAGGCUGCCGUCCUCCAGCAGCCAGCCAGGUGAAAGCCAGUGAGCCUAUUAACCGUGCCAUCCCGCGAACUACACUUGUAAAAGAUCAUUGCUUUGUAUUGUAGUAACCAAUAAGCGCAGUAUAUGUUGAAUGUAUAUGAACAUAAUUUCCUAUUUCUGCUCUUUGAAAAUGUCAGAAGUAUUUUUUUCUUUCUCAUUUAUGUUGGACUAAAAAUGGAUUAAAAAGAUCUCCAGACCCAAA